AUGGAGCACCGCGAGAAUGGUCACGUGCGUUGCAUAGUCUACAACGAGUCUCGGACGCGAAAGCUCCAGUUUAACGCCGCAGUCCCGCAAGAAGGACGAGUUGUGGGCUUAUUAAAGAUCUGGCCUGGCGAACCGCGUCUACGUCGCUUAGAUCCUUAUGGUGGAGAGACUUAUGAGCAAGACGAGGAUUCAAAGGUGCCUUUAAACUGA